CAAGACAAUCUUUGCUUUUCAACACGGCGUCACCACCAUCGCAGUAUCCGCCAUGGCUGCAGCCGCGGCGACGAUACGCCAUAAACUGUUGAGUAUUCAGGCAUCAGGGCUGCGCGCUCGGCGUUUACCCACGGCGCCUAGCCUAAACCCAUGCCCACUUGCUCAGCCUCGUCGCAGAUCCUCUUCAGGGCAGAAACAGCAAAAGGUUGCUGAUUUCACGGCGAGAUGCUUAUCACAAGAGUUUAAUGCCGUAGGAGACAGCAGCCGUAGGGUAUUUUCACGUCACCUAUCCGCUUCAAGCAGAGCACUCCCCUCCGCUCCUCGAUCACAUUCGGAGGUCGCGAGAGUCCCAAGGCAUCGACGUUUCCUCAGUGUCUCCGCGUCCCUGGCUGACGCGAAUGCCCUCGGCGCGUCGGCAAGCAGAGCAGACGCGGCGGACGACGUCACGGCAGGGUACCUGGAUCCGCUGUUCAUCCCAGAGCUUGAAGUCGUGGAGGUCGCAGUGGCUGGCCACACUGUUCGGGUGGUUCAGCCUCGCUGCCUUGACACGGUGCUAGACAUGUACAUCGCAAGAGAGGCGGAAAAGGGCGAGCACAAGGACCCCUACUGGUGCCAGGUGUGGCCUUGCGCCCAAGCCAUGUUGCGAGAGAUUCUUGCGCACCCAGAGACAGUGCAGGGCCGCCGUGUGUGUGAUUUGGGUGCGGGAAUAGGCAUUGCUGGCCUCGCAGCACUACUGGCAGGUGCUCGUGAAGUGGUGUUCUUCGACCGGGAGCCCCUAGCUCUUCUCUCGUGCCUCCUCACAAGCCUUUUCAACGCUCACAGCUUUCCGCAAGACGCCUCUUCUCAGUCUCGCCUCUCUCCCCCAUCCUUACAGUCGCUUCAACAAUGGUUGACAUCAGCACAGCAGUCAGGUGCCUUGAAACAGCUUCUCUCCCUCAUCGCCCUUCCACCCCACCACCACCAGCAACCCCAUUUCAGCCAGGAUACAGAAACCACCAAGUCUUUUCCAUCCCCAUCCAGAGAGUCCUCGUGUCAAUCGCCUCUAGAUUACAGCCCACUUUCAAUGCCCCCGGCUUGGCCUAACGUUCAUCUGCCUGCACUCGAGGGUUCACAAGUGUCAUGGAGUGGGGCUGUAUUCAGAACAGAGGCAGCAACGGUUUCUGGCGAGGUGCUUGACUGGUCCGAUGGAGACUACUAUGGAGAGAAAUUUGACACGGUGCUAGCGUGUGAUGUGCUCUAUGACCGCUCCGCCUCGUCUCUUCUACCUAGACUACUGCCAAACCUGCUGCGGCGAUCAAAUGGUGCAGAUUUUGGUUAUCCCCGCGUUAUUGUAAUGGAUCCCACCAAUAGAUUUCCAGCCAACAGGAAGGUGUUUCUGCAACAAUUGUCAACUGCCGAGGCUCCAAAGCUACUCUUGAAGGGGAUUAUAUCGACAAAGAUACACGCUGAUGGAGCUGACAUGCCUGUUGAGAUUCUUUACUUCUCUGCCAAGACAAAUUGAAUUGUGCUGUUGAGUACUUU